AUGAUUUCUGCGAUGCAGUACUUAUCUCAAUCAUCGUCCACGACGUCUCUGCACGCUGAGCCGUUUGGCAGCUCCACACCCAUGUGCUCGAUGAUGGGUCCAUACACCAUGAGCGACGAAGGCCCGGCUCGCCCCCCUGCCAUGAUGGGCUCCGCAGCCGGGUUGGCGAUGGCGUUUUCAGCGUUCUCAUCUGGUUUCUACGGCCAUGACGAUGCUGCUCACCCGUAUAAGCCUGCAGCAAGCUUGCGGGAAGGCCCACGCAGUGGAGCAACUUCUCACCAAGGCGUGUCUUUGGCAGCGCAGCUCUACGAAUACGCAGAGAGCAGCUGCGGCUGUGACUACUCUCGCGUGACCCUCUACGGCGCACCGUGCGCCAGGGAGGCGGCUGUCCACGACUGCGCCAUUGCGGCUGCUGCUUUCGCCGAGCCGCGUUUCGGGUCUGCGCACCGUACAAACUCUUUCGCCACGUCCGGCACGGCGCUGAGCGACUGUCACCUCUCCCGGAAAGACGGCGGAGGGUUCACUCCGGCAUCCGCACGUACUUUUCUCAACUCUGACGACAGCUUCGGCGGCCGUAGCGUGAACUCACGCCGCAGUCUGCGAGACAGUCUGACGGCCCCGGCGAGCUCGAUGUCGUGCUCUGUACGAGGAUCUGUCGGCUCUGGCUACUACCUAGAUACCACGUUUCGGGGGGACGAGCACAAUCACGACCGUGUCGCGUGCAGCGCGGACGGCGCCGUAGUACUGAGCGCAGCGCAGCACCGACUCUCUGACUCUAUUCAUCUGGCAUCGCAAGGCGGCUCCGCCUCGCGUCUGUCCAGCGAGAAUAUCUUUAGUCUAACGCAGCGACUUGAUGCUGCGGAGAGCGGCACGACCAAUACCGAAACGCUGCACGUGCAGCCGCAUCUUCACCUCUCGGGGUUCUCGACUUCGCAGAAUGACAGGUUUGUGUCACCGCGCAAGAGGGGCACCAUAGAGGACGACACAGAGCAUGUUUCGGCGAACACCGCCUCUCCCGCCACAGCGUUGUUCGGAAACGAGUUUGGUCCCACUGGCUGCUCGCCUUUCUACGACCUCGGUACGGUAGCGCUGGAGAGCAACAAGGCAGGCCAAAGCCGCUCAGCAGUGCUCAAGAGAGACAACGUUGUGCCCACGACCACAGCAGAGAACGAUCGGAGCCGCCACUUCUCCAGCGUUCAAAGAAGGCCGGCGUCCGAGAGACAAGGCACCGUGGGCACCGGGCGAUCGGCAUCAGUGUCUUCAGCGAGCAGUACCGCCACGUCGGUGACACCGAGACAGCCGUCUGUUCUGCCCAAGACGCUGAGUGGUGCGUCCACAGAGCCGAAGAAAAUGACAUGUAGUCUGGGCUCCGUCGACAAGUCGAAGCCGCCCGCCGGUCAGGCACCGCAGUCGGCAUCCCGCAAGCCGCGCCGCAAGGAUCCGCGGAAGUGGAACAACUCUCGGUCCACCAGCAUCACAGCCUCAAACUUUGAGAAGGAUGGGACCGCAUCGUCGACAUCAUCUUCUUCCCCUGCGGCAUCGAGAGCGACUACCGACACGCAUAGGCAGAAGGCGACCGCCACGGCGUUGGCCGGAGCACCACCUGCAACGCGCACGGAUGAUGAAAGCGGUUGCCGCUCUUUUCUCGCCUCUCCGCCGCAGCAGCCGCUUCAGCAACAGCUGAACCCGGCCAGGGCACCAAACAGCACUACGACCACCUUCACAAUCUCUCCGCCCUCGUACAACGAGCGACACCAGCGGCCGUUUCUGCGACGGCGCUACCUUGAGGGCCAGGUGAAGCCCUUGAACGCCACAGAAAUGCAGAUGGCGAUGGUACCCUUCUCGCCCCGUCGAGAUGUGCCGCCAAGUCGUAGCAGUGCCAGCGGUCCUGCGACGCAAGCGCUUCUGAAGCCUGCCGUUCCGCUGCAGCCGUUACAAUGCGAUCAAGUCACGCUGCCUGGCACGGCGCGGGCGUGGAGCCCCAGUGGAACAGUCAGCAGCUCUGCCAGCUUCAGCGUGACUCCCGAAAAGUUCAUCACGGUUGCAAGUGGCGGUGGCGCUUGGAGGACGCAGCAGAGGCUCGCCGGGUUCACCGGCUUUCAUCUCUCUAUCGGGAUGGAGGGGCUGUGCGUCACGACAGAGAGCUCCAACGAGAAGUCCCCGCGCAGCCUUGGUGGGCGAAGCGGCACGGAGUUGCGCUUGCCGGGAGAGUCUAGCAACGGCAUCAUGAGCCGCUCGUGUCCCUCGGUAGAAUACUCUGUGGAUGAAGGUACGAACCCCUUCUUGAUACAGCGCAGUGCGUCGUGGUCCGUGCACUCGGCACGUAGCAUCACGGAUUCUGGAGAGGUUCCCGGUAUAGCACGCAAGAAGCGCCAUGGAGAGCAUGUGCUGUCCAACGCACAUGACCUAGAGGAAGAGCACGUGACAAUGCAUCCGAAGCCGUCCAGGUAG